AACCAUAACCCUAAAAUUCCCAUCAUCGUUCUUAACGUUUUAGUUACAAGUUUCAAGAUCUCGGUUUCAAAGCAACCAUAAUCUUUUAUCUGCUUUCACUCCUGUAGUAGUGAGUCAAUGGAAACACAUGCUGAUUUCAUCCCUCUCGAAACAGAAUCAGAAUCAGAAUCGGGAUCUACUUCUAGUGAAAGCUGUGGUUCGAGUCAUGACAUCGUACCGCGAAUUUUUAAUGCGGCAACGUGUGGUUCGGAUGAGGGAAUAGAGAAGUUGGGUGUUGUUUACAAUGAAGUUAGAAUUCAUGGAGUGAGUUUAAAAGAAAUAAGAUGGUAUGAAGCGGACGAUGGGUUGAAGAUUGAAUUGUCAGUUGGAAAGUUAAAGAAGAAGAGGAAGCAGCGCGUUGGAGAUGGAUCGUUUGGGUGGGCGUGUGAGAGUGUUGGUGACAACGUAACGAAUGAGAGUGUUAAAAGGUGUGAAGAGGUUUGUUCUCGCCGAAGACGAGUUGCAGCUGUUAGAAGUUAUCCUCCAGGAUGUGGACGAGUGAUGAAGAUUGCAUAGGUCGAUGAAUUUAAAAAGUAUAUGCUGAUCUUGAUGUCAUGUGGCAGAAGACAAACAUAGUUUUAUGUCUAUGAAGAAUAUAAUGAUUUGUAGAAAGGUUAAAUGUGAUAGCAGGAUUGGAUUUAAUUUGUUAGAUAUGAUUCUUUAUUCUUAAAA